CCUCUUGCUGCCAUGCUGUGUACGUUUUCAUUCCAUUUUCCCCUGGAGCAUGAUAUUGCCAUUCUUGAUUUCCGUGCACUUGUACACCGCUUCGUUGAAGGUAUGUUUCGGAAUCCGGAUGAACGUGCUCUCAUCGAGUCAUCUUCCCCAACUGGCUGAGCCCCUGACUCAACUGAAAGAACUUACCCUGCUUUCAGUUCUCCAACACCGAACUCAUUGUAGCAGGCCUUUUAAUGGUGAGAAAAUUAAGACCUUCUGGACCGUGCUCAUUAAACCGAACCGUUGUCGAGUUUUUGCUUCGGGGGCGUUCUUCGAUUUUUCUCUUGGAACACAGCUGACACCGGUUUUUGUGUGCACAAGGGUCUAACAACCAUUUUAGCUCCAGUACUUCCCAGCUAUUGUGCCUAAAAAUAGUAUGUACCGACCGAGGCCCAAAUAUAUACGUGUAUGCGUUUCCAUUCCGACUCGUUUGUCACGAUGUCAAUAUGUAUACCCUGGCGUGGAACAAAUUGACUCAGGUCAGGCGUCCGUUGCCCGUAUCAUGAUGCGAUUCGGGGUAAGGGCCGGGUCAGUUGAGUGGGAUCUUUGGCGGGGUUAGCAGUGGCGGUCAAGCGUUGGGAGGGAAGGGACUCGACAAGAAAGAACCAGCUGGCUGCAGUGCCUCGGUAUGUGCUGUGAGAUAUCAAUUUGAUUUUAGAGUGCAAUCGGGAAUGCAAAUUGGCACGCGCAUCGCGGAGACGAGGACCGCCCGCGUGCGCA